UGGUUUGUUGUGAAAGUUGGAUCUUUAAGCAUUUAGUCUGAAUUAUUGUAAAUUCAUUUGGUUUAUUAGUAAUGAUUUUUAUUAUACCAAUCACUAAACCUAAAAAACUGAAAUUAUUGGCGACAAUUGUUACAUACCAACUGUGAUCAAUAUGAACAGUAUAAAGUUCCAAGUGCAUAAGAACUUCUUGUGAUUCAUUAAAAAUUGAAAUUCUAAUCAAAAAGAGAUGGAAGUGUGCUGGCAUGGUUGUUGCGUCCUGACUCCUAUAUUUUUUCUACUCUCCUUUUACUUUUAUAUCAGUGUUGACUUAUUUAAAAUUGAGUCGGCCCAUAUCAUUAUUAUCACUCAAUUUCUUAUUGUUUGGUUCUUGUUUGCCAUGGCAACAAUAAUCUCAUCAUAUAAAAAAGUUUGUCUCAACCUUUCUUAUGGUAGAUAUAAUACUAAUUUCCCAAGUGGGUAGUCUCUCACUAGUGAACUUAUAUGAGACCCCUCAGCAUCCUAUCUGUGUAAACAGUCAACCUGAUUAUGAACCACCACAUUCGAUCAUCCACACACUAUUUUGAAACAUUUGUUUUGAAAUUUUAGGUACUGUGUUUGUUGUAUUCAGCCAGAUACUCUUAUUAAUAAUUUAUUGUCACAAUGAAAUGUUAUUUGCUGAUAUUUGUGCUGUCUGUCUUAAUUGAUUUCAGAAAUGCUGAGGCUAACACAAAGAUAGAAAGCCUCGAACCAACUUUGGAAAACUUGUUGAAUUCGCUUGAAAAUUUAGUCAACUUUUUCUCAAAACGAUAUGACAAACUCAACUUGGAUGGUUUGUUCGGGCUCAGAAGUGUGCAGGGGGAGCUGAGAAGAGCAUUAGAGAAGGGCGAAUCUGGAGCUUAUCCAGAAGUAAGAGACAACAUUGAAAUUCAAAAUAAAAUUAAAUCAAUUUUAAAAGUAGCUGAUGAAACUGCGGCAUUGGCUUAUCCAGAAGUGAAAAAGAAAGAUCAGGAAUAUUUUUCAAAUUUUAUGCAUGUUAUUGACAAACCAUGGAUAAUGUAUGAGCUUAAACCACAGGCAAUUGGUAAAAUUGUUAAAAGUGAAUUACCUUGGACUAAAUUUGAAGACAUAGGAGAUCAUAAACCAGACCAUUUUGAUGAAAGUGUCAGUGACAAAUGCAUGGGCACACUUUUUGGUAAUCAGGGUUUCAAAAAAUGUGAUAUAGAUGUCUGCUGGGAACAGAUGACAAAACUUGAUACUAAAUUAUAUUAUACGACACAUCAAGUAUUAUGGUUUCAACUUGGUAUAUCCGUAGGUUGCCAUGAUAAGUUUGAAGAAAAGUUGGCAAAUAGUGGAGGUUUGAAAGAGAUGUUUCGAAAGCUGUGUACCAGUGUAGUUUUUCAAAUGGAUUCUUUGUUUAAAAACGGAACAGUACCUUAUCAGUUCCAUGAUAUCUUUUUGGAGCAAGGAAUGAUAUGUGGUGCAAUCGGUUUCAUGAAUACUGUAAAUAGAACAUGGUUGGAAGGAGCAAUGAAGUGGCAGCAUCCAAAAUUAGGAUGUUUUCGCGAGGUGAAUGUAAACCCUGAUUUUGAUUAUAAUAUGGUUGAAGAUCUGAUUUAUAAGAAUAAACUCGAAUGGCAGAAUCGCAAUUUACUGAUGGAUGUUGCAAUGGGUGAUUAUUGCAGUGCUCACCAAUCUGCUGUAGCUGCUGGUUUCUAUGCUGUUUAUCUUCGUUUGUUUUUGGACCCUGAUUAUGUGAAAAAUAUGUUGUUGCCUGACCUGUUCGGAGAAGAUUAUGAAUCAAAGUUGAUUUGGAAACGUAGAAUGCAAUAUUUUGUAUUAGGAUUUCUGAUUUCCUUUUUCAUUCUGUAUUUGAUGGGAAAAAGAAGAAAAUAUAUACACAGGAGAUGCAGAUUUUUGAACUUUUUAUAAUGUUCCAAUUUCUUCAAAAAAGAGAGGCAAGCUUUUUAUAUUUUAAUCAAGAUGUUAUAUUUUAAUCAAGAUGUUAAAAAGUGCUCUAGUUAAUUUGGUGACCAAUUUUAUGAGAUGAGAAUAUAUGAUUAUUUUAUCAGCUAUUGUUGUGAAAGUUUAUCACUGUAUGCAGUAAGAUAUCAGGUUCUCUUUUACUUAUUUUUUAAUUGGAUUUUUAUAUUCAGAUUUCAGACAUACUCAAGUUUGAAUAGACCUUUGAGACAGUCAUAUUAUAUCAUCCUAUACACAUUUCCGAUUAUAUAUAUAUAUAGGUUGUCCAUGAAGUCUUGAAUUUUUUUUUAAUUGCAAAGAGAAUUUAUCGAUACCAUAUAUUGUUUUGGCCCUCACAGAUGAUCGAAUGAAGUAAAAAUACUUGAACAAUUAACGAUUAAAAAACAACAAACCUGGUUGAGAUGUAUUAAGAACUGACUUCAUAACAAAAUUGAAAUGGUAAAGGGACUUCAUGGAUACCCAGACCCUGUUAUAUUAUACAUAUAUAUAUAUAUAUAUAUGUGUGUGUAUUCCACUGACUCUUAUUACAAUUGUGUAUGUAAUUUCAUCAUUGACCAUAUUUUAUAGCAGUGGGCAAUGUCCUGGGUAGUUUAGAACUAUGUUGGGAAAAUAUUUUCCUACCUCAGUUAUGAUUUAAAUUGUUAGUGCAAUGCUAAUUAUCACUUGAUUCCAUACAGAGUCCUCUCAUUAUACACAAGAGUUUCAAUUUAAUUAGCAUCACAUGCUUCAUUAAUUUAUGCAAUUACUUGGUUUUAAAUCAUUAGAUUAUAGGCUUGUCAUACCUGGUCUACUUCACCAUCAUUUUGUUUCCCGUUACCAUAAAUAUUGGCAGUGUAGAACAGAUGGUUAGAAGCAAGUGCUACUGAUAUUAUAUUUUACUUUGUUUUGUUUUUACCCAAGUUCGAAUUGAAAUCAGCUAAUCGUUGACUUUACUAAGCUAGAAGAAUCAUUCCAAGUUUAUUUUCGAUAUCUAUGUUGAGAAAAUUUAUCCAAGUUUUCAAUUUGAAAGCACCAAUAAUAUAGUUGAGUUACUUUAAUUCUUCUUAGUUACUUUAAUCAUUCUGUUGAGUGUUCUAGGGUUCUUUAUUAUUUCAGUUUUCAUAUAGAAGAAUAUUAAGUACACAUUCAAAAGUGAUAAAGAUUUAUAUUGUUCUAUUAUAUCAAGUUUAUUUUCAAUACCUUUGUUUAAGAAAUUUAUUCAAGUUUUCAAUUUAAAAGCACCAAUAACGCAGUUGAGUUACUAUACUAGUUGAAAGAUAUAGAUUUAUGAUGUUCUAUUAUAUUAGCGAUAUUCAAAUUUUUGCCAAAUCUUGUUUCGUCACUUUUAUGUUUUCUAGUCAAUGUUUUGUAUUUUGAAGCAUUUGUUCCGAAUGAAAAUAUAUAAAUAUUAGACAUUCUCUUAGAAUUGUCAAUUGUUUCUGAUAGCCGAUUAUUAUGAAUAGAAUAUCAAGUUGGUUUGCACUCAUUUAUGUUAUUUAUCACUGUAUUUAUUUCGAUUUUUCUACUUUGAACAUACUUGCUCCGGUUCGCAGUAUAUUUUAUCAUCAAUUGUGCCAAAAAGAUUUGCCAAUUAUAAUAAGAUUGCACAUUUUUUCAAUUUAUGCAACUUUCAACUCGCUGCCUUAGUUUGAUGUCUUCUAAUGUAUUAGAAGCAUUUUCGCUACUGUUCAUUAUUUUUUGUUUGAACUUAUUGUAUGAAGCAUGUAUAUUAUGUUUUUUCUAGAUUUUGGUCUUUUAAUGUGAUAAAGAUUUCUGUGAUAAAGAUUGUAUAUUAACUGUUGAAUUUGCGUUUUUUCAUAUUAAAAUCUUGAAGAUGUAGAUGCAAUAGAAUAGAAUUGUGCAACAGAUUUGAAAAAUGUUUUGUUUUUUAG